GCUGUAGAUGGAGCUGUCCGGCCUCGGCGAGGGGGAAGGAGGCUGGGAACCGCUCCUCCCUUCGCUGGCCGGCCUGAGAGGGGAACAGGACUCCCAGGAUGCAGUUUGUGUCAACACGGCCGCAGCCCCAGCAGCUGGCCAUCCAGGGCCUGGGACUGGACAGCGCGAGCUGGAGCUGGGCCCAGGCGCUGCCCCACGACGAGGUCUGCCCCCAGGAGCCCGGCGCGUCGCGAGCAGGGGAGAUGGCCGAGGGCAUUCCUCCCAUGCAGGCUCAAGAAUGGGACAUGGACGCCAGGCGUCCAAUGCCCUUCCAGUUUCCUGCCUUCCCGGAGAGGGCACCUGUUUACCCUGACCGAAUGAUGAGGGAGCCCCAGCUGCCCACAGCUGAGAUCUCCCUCUGGACUGUGGUGGCCGCCAUUCAGGCUGUGGAGAGAAAGGUGGAUGCCCAGGCCAGCCAGCUGCUGAACCUGGAGGGGCGGACAGGGACAGCAGAGAAAAAGCUCGCUGAUUGUGAGAAGACGGCCGUGGAGUUUGGGAACCAUAUGGAGAGCAAGUGGGCCGUGCUGGGCACCCUGCUGCAGGAGUACGGGCUGCUCCAGAGGAGGCUGGAGAACAUGGAGAACCUGCUGAGAAACAGGAACUUCUGGGUCCUCCGUCUCCCGCCGGGCAGCAAGGGCGAGGUCCCCAAGGUGCCUGUGACUUUCGUGGAUAUAGCCGUUUACUUCUCUGAGGAUGAGUGGAAGAAUUUGGAUGAGUGGCAGAAAGAGCUUUACAAUAACCUCGUGAAGGAGAACUACAAAACCCUAAUGUCACUAGGUGCUGAGAAUCCAAUGCCCAAGCCAGAUGCUCAGUCUCGGGUGGAGCCAAGGGAGGAGCCAUGUGUGUGGGAACAACAUAACCCAGAGGAGAGAGAAAUCCCAAUGGAUCCUAGCACAGCUAUAGAAGCUCUGAUCCAAGCACCAGCUGCUUCCUCUCAGGUGAAGAGGGAAGAACCAUUGUGUGCCAGGGUUCAGAGGUGCUCAGAAGAAAGAGAAGUUGUUGCAGACACUGUUACCGACUCCCCAAUUUCUACCCAGGACAUCUUAUCCCGGAUUAAGCAAGAGGAGCAACAUUGUGUGUGGGAUCAGCAGGAUUUGGAGGAAAGGGACAUUCCCACUGACCCCAAUUCAGAAUCUCUGAUCUCAGCACAUGACAUUCUGUCAUGGAUCAAACAGGAAGAGGAACCAUAUCCCUGGGGCCCACCAGAUUCAGUGGAAAGGGACAUGACGAUUGAUGCCAGUGCCGGUGAUGGGCUGCUAAUGGUCAAGAGUUCUACCCUACCUGUACCGCAGCACCAGUCCCACCAGCAGAAUGUCACCCCACUCCCUGGCACUGAGAAUCCAGGUGGGGGGCCCAGCCGGGGAGUUGUUGGGAUGCUAGAUGAUCUUUUCCCAAUGGUCCCACGGGAACGGAGCCUCUGUGAAGGCCUCCACAGUCCUCCAGGGAGCCCAGCAGGCGAAAGUGGUGGUGGUGAUAGCAGCAGCAUAGCAGGCGAGCACCAGCGGAGCCACUUCCUCUCACCUGGACAGGACAAAUCGCACUUCUGUCUUCAGUGUGGCAAGACGUUUGAUGUACGGAAGAGCCUGAUGAUUCACCACCGAAGCCACACCAAAGAUCGGCCUUUUGAGUGUGCUGAAUGUGCGAAGAGCUUCAACUGCCACUCAGGCCUGAUCCGCCACCAGAUGACCCACAGGGGUGAGCGUCCCUACAAAUGCUCUGAAUGUGAGAAGACAUAUAGCCGUAAGGAGCACCUUCAGAAUCACCAACGCUUACAUACCGGUGAGCGGCCUUUCCAUUGUGCCCUGUGUGGCAAAAGCUUCAUCCGGAAGCAAAAUCUGCUUAAACACCAGCGCAUCCAUACAGGCGAGCGGCCCUACCAGUGUAGCGAGUGUGGCAAGAGUUUCAGAUAUAAGGAGUCACUCAAGGACCAUCUUCGGGUGCAUAGCACCAGCCUUGGGACCUCUCGGCCCCACCAGGCACUGGAACGGGACUAGGCCAGUGCUGAGGGGUGGGGGUUGGGGCAGGUAUUGGUGGUGGGAUAUGGGGGGACAGGGUGGGGGAAUCUAGUGAGGGAAUGAGGCUGGAGGAAGGAGGGAGGGUUGAAACCCUCUUAGGGAAGCCUGGGAUGGGGAGGCAGAUAGGAGUAUUAAAAAUCACUGGUAAUUCUCCCCCUCCUCAUACCCCUUAUGUGGUCCUGGGGUUUAGGGACCUUCAUUGCACUCCAGAUCAGGCCCCUUGAAAGCUGGGCAAGGAUGUCUGAUCCACCCUGCCCAGCCUGAAUGGAGAGCCCAGGUGUUCACUCACCUAGUGGACCAUGGACCAAAGGGGCUGACAACAGAACCCUGCCCAAAAGUCGGGAACAGUAUGAGAAGGUGAUGGUGCAGAAGUCUUAGACUAAACACCUAUAAAAUUAAGAGUGGUUGGUGCUACUGGGCCUGGGUUAGCCCUCAACCUCAGCCAUGCUUCUCAGACCUAGCCAAGUAAGGGAUAGGGAGGAGACCCUCCUGUUGCUCCCUCCUUUACUGGAUAGGACCAUGGAUCCAGAGCAAGGGAAGCCGUGAGCCCAGGAUUACCUGUUGAGCAGUGUUGCACCUGGGAGUGGAGAGCCAGGGAUCCCCAAGGCCCAUCUAGGCCUGAAGGGACAAUCACUUAUACUGUAGGUAGGAGAGUCCCUACAGAAAAAAAGAAGACAGAAAAGGAUGUGUUAAGGGAUGCACUCUAACACGGUGGCACCACCUUGUCUUUGAAUAGUGCUUUAGACUUUCCCAAAGCACUUUCUAGGCUCUUUUCCUCCUUUCACUUUCACCACUUCCUUCUCUGUCCACUGGAUCAGAUACCCCAGAUCUUCACCUAUGCAGGUGAUGGAUCAUGGAUCAAGAUAGCCUUAUGCCCCUUUGACAGAUAAGGAAACUGACCCACAGGGAGACUAAGCAACUUACCUGAAGUCACAAGGUAGGACCAGAACUUGGGUCCCCAUGACUUCUAGCCUAGUGCCUGUGCUGUUCCACCAUGCUGUCCUACCUCAAUCAUUUGAGCUAGUGCUUCAGCCUGAUCCUCUCUUGCCCACCCUUAUUAGGACCAACAGGGAGUACUUGUACCUGUUGUGGGUGGAGAGAACAGGAGGGCAGAUGGUUCACAUAGUGCUCCAUCCGGUAACUGAAGACUGUGCUGCUGCAAUUUGUGCAGAUCUCACUGAGCUCUUAAGGGAGGGAAGAAGAGCUGGGAUCCGCCCCCUUCCUCAAGAGCUGACACAGCAGCAUCUUGACUGCACGAGAGAAAGGGGCUAGCACUUCCCUGGAGUCAGAUCUGGUCCUGCCUAAGGACCAAAACGGAUUUAUUCCAGCUUCUCAAAGGAGCAGGGCAGUAAAGAGGGGGUAGAGAGUAGUUAUGCCAGAAGAACGGGCCGACUCUUCCCCAGAGUCAAGUAGAUGUCAGCCGCAGUUCCGAGAUGCCCCGGCUGUGGUUCCUCCCUUGCCCCUUAACCCCUGGGCUCUCUUAAUUGGUGCUAUCUGUACAGUUGAGGACAGUUAUGGACAUUGAUCCUAACGUGUCAUGGUGCCUGGUGAGGGUUUGGGUUUUUUUUGUUGUUGUUGUUAUAUUUUUUUAGAGAGCGCCACCUGACUCCCUUUUUUUAUGUGUGCAUCUUAUGUGGCCCCAGGGCCUUAACUCCCCAGGGGCCACAUUCUCUGUGUUUGUGUCUUGCAUGGCCCUGCAAAAAAAAUAAAAAUAAAAAUAAAAAAAUAAGGCCACUGAGGGUGGGAUGAAGUGCCCUGGGGCUCUCAAUGCAUUUAUUUAAAAAAAGUACUUUUCCCUCCCUUGCAUUCUGACCCCUACUUCUCUCCCACUUUGAAAGGGGAUUGCCUGGGGAGCAGUGACAAGGCAGCCCUUUGUACCACCCCUUUUUGAGCUCGCAGCUUCUGAACCUUUCCCCGUCUCCUUCUCUGCUUCUCCCAGACCCCUAAUUGCUGAACAAAGGGAAUUCUUGCAGCAAAAUAAAAGGGGGUGUCCAGAUUACAGGUGCUGGAACACUGACAUGUUCACGGUGCUGGGGCUUUCUCCAGCUUGGCUGCAUAUAGCAAAACCCAAAUUAACUAGAAUCCAGUUUUAUCAGAAGUUGCUUUUUUUUUUCGUUGUUUGCUUUUGCUAUGUUCCAAUUUUAAUAAAAAAGGAAAAGCUGA